CCAGUGAAGUUAGAGGAAGAACGGGACGAAGAAGAGCCAUCAAUUCGAUGUAAUGACAUAUAACCAGUAACUAUUUGUAUCGCACUUAUUUUAAUUUGUGCUGAGUACAACAAAAUGAAGACGGUUUUGAUGGUGGCAGAAAAACCUUCUCUGGCUCAGUCAAUUGCCAAAAUUCUUUCUAAAGGAACUUGUACAAGCCGAAAGGGGCUCAAUGCAUCAUGCUUUGUGCAUGAGUUCACUGGCAGCUUCCAAGGCCAAACAGCACGUUAUAAGAUGACUUCUGUUUGUGGACAUGUGAUGAGUCUGGAUUUCAUUGCUAAAUACAACAACUGGGAUAAAGUGGACCCCGCAGAACUUUUCAGCAAAGCCCCAACAGAAAAAAAGGAGGUCAACCCCAAGCUCAACAUGGUGAAAUUCCUCCAGGUUGAGGCCAGAGGCUGUGACUACUUGGUUUUAUGGCUGGACUGUGAUAAAGAAGGCGAGAACAUCUGUUUUGAGGUUAUGGAGGCUGUACAGCCAGUGAUGAAGGGGGUCGUUCGGGAGCAGACCGUUUACCGUGCCAAAUUCAGUUCCAUUACUGACACUGAUAUCUGGAAAGCUAUGAAUCACCUUGGAGAGCCCAACCGCAAUGAAGCCCUUUCAGUGGAUGCGCGUCAGGAACUGGAUUUACGCAUUGGUUGCGCCUUCACUCGGUUCCAAACCAAAUAUUUCCAAGGAAAGUAUGGAAAUCUGGACUCUUCUUUAGUAUCAUUUGGACCCUGCCAAACCCCAACUCUUGGCUUUUGUGUGGAACGCCAUGACAAAAUCCAGUCCUACAAACCAGAGAACUACUGGGUUAUACAUGCAAAGGUGUUCAAAGGGAAGGACAACCCAUUGACCCUUGAUUGGAAUCGGGUAAAGGUCUUCGACAAAGAGGUGGCCCAAAUGUUUGUGAACCUGGCCAAAACAUCCAAGGAAGCCCGGGUGGAGUCAGUGACUAAGAAGGAGAAGACUAAGCAGAGACCUCUGGCUUUAAAUACUGUCGAGAUGUUGAGAGUGGCAAGCUCUUCCCUAGGCAUGGGUCCUCAGUACACGAUGCAGAUUGCUGAGCGUUUAUACACGCAGGGCUACAUCAGCUAUCCUCGGACGGAAACGACCCACUAUCCAGAAAACUUUGACCUGAAGGGAACCCUUAAGCAGCAGACCAACUGUCAUUUAUGGGGAGAGGAGGUGAAAAGUCUUCUAUCAAAUGGAAUAAACCAUCCCAAGAAAGGAGUUGAUGUUGGCGAUCAUCCACCUAUAACUCCCAUGCGUGCUGCCUCAGAAGAAGAAUUGGGAAGUGAUGGCUGGCGCCUUUAUGAGUACAUCACAAGACAUUUUAUUGCCACAAUCAGCCAGGACUGCAAGUAUCUGCAGACAACCAUUGCUUUCAGCAUUGGAACUGAAGCUUUCACCUGCAGUGGAAAAACCCUGAUCUCACCAGGUUAUACAGCUUUGAUGCCAUGGCAGGGCAUCCCGCUUGAAGAAGCCCUGCCCGUCUGUGAAAGUGGAGACAUUUUUACAGUCGAUGAGAUCAGGUUGGUAGAAAACCAGACGAGUCCUCCAGACUACUUGACCGAGGCUGAACUCAUCACUCUUAUGGAGAAACACGGCAUUGGUACGGAUGCCAGUAUUCCUGUCCACAUAAACAACAUCUGUCAAAGAAACUAUGUGACAGUCGAGAAUGGACGCAAGUUGAAGCCGACCAGCCUGGGAAUUGUCCUCGUACAUGGCUAUUACAAGAUAGAUGCGGAACUAGUACUACCAACCAUUCGCAGUGCUGUUGAAAAGCAACUCAAUCUAAUCGCACUUGGUAAAGCCCACUUCCAGCAAGUGCUCCAGCAUGCAUUGGAUAUCUUCAAGAGGAAGUUUCACUAUUUUGUGGAUUCCAUCUGUGGCAUGGAUGAAUUGAUGGAAGUCUCAUUUUCACCAAUUGCGGACGCAGGCAAGCCAAUGUCUCGCUGUGGCAAGUGCCGUCGAUUCAUGAAAUUCAUCCAGGCCAAGCCCAGUCGACUGCACUGCUCCCACUGUGAUGAGACAUAUAGUCUACCUCAGAAUGGAGCCAUCAAGCUCUACAAGGAGCUUCGCUGUCCGCUGGAUGACUUUGAGCUCGUACUGUGGACCUCUGGCACCCGAGGCAAAAGUUACCCCCUGUGCCCCUACUGCUUUAGCAACCCGCCUUUCAGGGACAUGAAAAAAAAUGUAGGAUGCAAUGAAUGCACCCAUCCUUCCUGCCAGCACUCUCUCAACUCUUUGGGUAUAGGCCAGUGUGUAGAGUGUGACAGUGGAGUUUUGGUGCUGGAUCCAACCUCUGGGCCGAAAUGGAAGAUGUCCUGUAAUAGAUGCAACGUCGUCGUACAUUUCUUUGAACAUGCACAUAGAGUGCAGGUUGCUCAAGAGAAUUGCAAUGCCUGCAAUGCCUCCUUGGUCACUGUAGACUUCAAUAAAGCCCGCACUCCACUGCCUGCUGGUGAGACCCAACACACCGGCUGUGUUUUCUGUGAUCCAGUCUUCCAGGGUCUUGUGGAACUUAAACACGCUACCAUGAGGCACCCCAUGCACCGAGGUGGAGGUGCGAGACGAGGGCGAGGCAGGGGACGUCGUGGCCCCCCAAAAAAGCCUAAAGACAAAAUGGCUGUAUUAGCAGCGUACUUUGUAUAGCAGUGUAUUAUGUUAUUGCAUCACUGUUUUUUUUUUUUUUUUUUUUUUUGACUGAACAUCAUUUUGCACACUGGGUGUGUUGCCUUUGCAACACACUAACUCAGUGAUUUUCAUCUGGCUUGUUGAGACCAAAAAGUGGCUCAGUUACCACUAUAUUUAAUGUUUUUUUUAUUUGAUUGUUUUAUAUUCAUGUCUUAGGUGUGUUAUUCCUUCAAAUAUUUACUGUAAUUAUGAGGGCCCGACAGAUUUUUUUGAGACAGAUGCUGAUUAAUUCAUUGCUAUUUAAUUAAAUAAAAAAAAAAAAAAAUAGAAAAUGCAUAAAAUCACUUCUUUUUUUUGGUCCCUUGUAUGCCCCUAUACAGCAUUUUGAGUUAAUUGCCACCUUAAUAUCUUAAGUCCCAAUCAGACUAUGUAUGCGAUUGUAGGGAAUAAAAGUGAAGUUCAAAGAGUUCAAUUGAAUGUAACAGUGUUUUGGUUUUUUUUGGAUUGGAUCAACUUUAUUGUCAAAUGUACUGUAUGUGUAACAUACAGCACAGAUGAAAUUUCUUCCCUCUCAACAUAAAACGAGGAGCCGGUGCGGGUGUCCGCGCCACGAUCAAAAGAAAAGUUAACAAUAAAAACAAUAAAAACAACACGAGACACAAUCGUGCACUCUUAACCACUUUCCUGCAUAAACUUUGUCUCUUCAUGUAACAUUUAGGAACAUUGAAUGUUAAACCAGGCUUGUACUAUCCAAGGUUUGUCAUUUACAGGUAGUUCUAAAUCAGGCUUCACCAACGUGGUGCCAGGAGGCACCAGGUAGCUGCAAGGACCACAUGAGUAGCCUGUGGGCUUGUUCUGAAACUAGCUCAUCACUGAUGGGACAUUGUGAUUUUUCGGAAUGUUCUUCAACUGAGUAGUUUACAAAGUCAACAUUUGGCGCAGAUUUCUAGACAUUGCAAUGUUCAUCUGUUUUUCCCAGUUCGUGUGAAAACUCAAUAACAUGAUCAAUGUCAUCACAUAAAUUAUGAUUCAUUGUUAAUAUAGCGGCGGCCCGGUAGUCCAGUGGUUAGCACGUCGGCUUCACAGUGCAGAGGUACCGUGUUCGAUUCCAGCUCCGGCCUCCCUGUGUGGAGUUUGCAUGUUCUUCCCGGGCCUGCGUGGGUUUUCUCCGGGUGCUCCGGUUUCCUCCCACAUUCCAAAAACAUGCGUGGCAGGCUGAUUGAACACUCUAAAUAGUCCCUAGGUGUGAGUGUGAGCAUGGAUGGUUGUUCGUCUAUGUGUGCCCUGCGAUUGGCUGGCAACCGAUUCAGGGUGUCCCCCGCCUACUGCCCGGAGACGGUUGGGAUGGGCUCCAGCACCCCCCGCGACCCUAGUGAGGAUCAAGCGGUACGGAAGAUGAAUUAAUGAAUGUUAAUAUAGCAGUGACAUUAAAGAUAAAUUUGUCAAAUGUGUUAUUGCAGAAGUGUGUAUCAAACUGGUAACCCUUGACAGUAGCCAAGAGGUAGCCCCUGCGCCCCUGUAGGAAAGGCACCUUUUUAUCCGACUGUGGUGUCUAAGUCUGGACCCUUGGGGGCACCAUGUAAAACUGUGAUUUGAAAAUAAGAAUUCAAAAGAAAGAUAUCAAGCAUAAUGUCUGAUGGAUAUGGUGUGCUGAGCUGUCAAUAAAGUGAUUUAAAAAAGAAAUACAA